AGAUAUUAUAGAAAGCGAAAUAUGAAAUUUAAUUGCGUUUUAAGACCAUCUGCAGUUUUGAAGGGAAGUGUAUUUUGAAAAGAAUGGUAAUGUAGUGCGGUUUACAUUUAGUAUUUGCCUCUGGGUGUCACUAUUACAUCGGGAAAACGACAUUGUUCCACCCCUUCCAAGGCUUUUGUUUCCCACUGAAGAGCUGCAUAUAAGCACAUGAGACGAUGGUCGACUGGCGUUGUGCAAACACGCAAUGUUCAGUGGGGUUCUCGUAUUUUCUGGUUUGGUGAAGUACUAAGCUCCUGUGUGUGUAAACGUGUUGUUGGAUAACGAUGGGAACCGCAAAAAAAGCUCGAACGAGGAACUACUACUGGUUUGCUUUACAUGUGGCCUUACAGCUGCUUUUCGGGAAACAGGCUUUAUCUCAAAUACGAUACUCGAUUCCAGAAGAGGUUAAAGACGGAACUGUCGUCGGGAAUGUUGCAAAAGAUCUGGGUCUUGAAAUCACCUCUUUGGCCGAUCGACGUUUUCGUGUUGCCUCUGGAACCAAGGACGCUUUUUUUGAGGUUAACCAGGACAAUGGGGCUCUCUAUGUCCACAAGAAAAUCGACAGAGAGGAUAUGUGUCACGGUAGUGGCGCAUGUUUAAUGGAGCUUAAAAUCUUAGUCGAAAACCCACUGGAAAUGCAUUACGUGGUCAUAGAAAUUACUGAUGUGAAUGAUCAUUCCCCACGUUUUCCAGAAAAACAUCAGGCGUUUGAAGUAGCGGAACAUACACUGCCAGGUAGGCGAUUUCAGCUACACACUGCUCGUGAUCCGGAUGCUGGAAUUAACUCUAUUCGUACCUAUACCUUGACGUCAAAUGAUCACUUCGAAAUAGAUAUCCGCCAAAGUGAUGACGAUAAAAUACCAUUCUUAGUGUUGAAAAAAUCUUUAGACAGAGAGCAAAACUACAAACAUUCACUAGUAGUCACAGCUAUUGAUGGAGGUAAACCUCCAAGAUACGGGACAUUGAAUGUUUCCGUUAUUGUUCUUGACAGUAAUGAUAAUCGUCCCAUAUUUAGUCAGGAGAAUUAUGAAAUUACAGUUCAAGAAAAUAUUGCAGUUGGAACUAAAAUAUUUCAACUGAACGCGACGGAUCCAGAUGAAGGCACGAAUGGAGAAGUCAGUUAUAACCUUGGGAAAACUUUGAAGCGAAAAGUCUACGAUAUUUUUGAUUUGGAUAAAUUAACUGGAGAAAUCAGAGUAAAGGGAGUAGUGGACUAUGAAGACACCGAUGUUUAUAAACUCGAUAUAGAGGCAUCCGAUAAAGGAACACCCCCAUUAACGGGUGAGAGUAGAGUCAUCAUAAAAGUAAAAGACGUGAAUGAUAAUUCACCAGAGAUAGAAAUCACAUCAUUGUCAAAUACUGUCUCGGAAGAUUCAAAGCUUGGUACAGUUAUUUCACUGCUUAGUGUAACGGAUAGAGAUUCUGGAGUCAAUGGAAAAAUAAUUACAAGUAUAACCUCAGAUGGUCCCUUUGAAUUAAAACCCUCCUAUAAGGAGAACAUAUACUCCGUUGUUACAAAGGGAUUUUUAGAUCGAGAGAAGGUGUCACAAUAUGAACUGAUGAUAAAAGCUACCGACUGCGGUGAACCUCCCUUAUCUACGAUUAAAACAUUCAGUAUUAAGAUAUCCGAUGUAAAUGACAACAGUCCACAAUUCUCCCAAAACCCAUUACAGUUUUACCUGACUGAGAAUAACGUUGCUGGAGGGUCAAUAUUUUCUGUAAGCGCAGCUGACAAAGAUGUGAACGACAAUGCAGCAAUUUCAUAUCAUAUUGUUAGAGAGGGGAAUCUAAAUGACGUAAUGUCUUUCUUAAAUGUGAACUCUGAAAAUGGACAGAUCACAGCACUGAAAAGUUUUGACUUUGAGACUCUGAAAACUUUCCAGUUCCAAGUUGUAGCCACAGAUUCUGGUACUCCGUCACUGAGUAGCAACGUCACAGUGAACGUGUUCAUUCUGGAUCAGAACGACAACGCUCCAGUCAUCCUGUAUCCACUCAGCUCCAACGGCUCUGCUGAAGGUGUGGAGGAGAUUCCACGCAACGUGAACGCAGGACACUUGGUGACUAAAGUCAGAGCCUAUGACGCUGAUAUAGGAUAUAACGGCUGGUUGCUGUUCUCACUGCAGGAAGUUACUGACCACAGUCUCUUUGGUUUGGACCGCUACACAGGACAGAUCAGGACACUUCGCUCGUUGACAGAGACAGACGAGACUGAGCAUAAACUGAUCAUAUUGGUCAAAGACAAUGGGAACGUUUCACUCUCAGCAACAGCUACUGUCAUUGUCAAACUUGUGGAGCCCAAAGAGGCUUUUGCAGCUUCUGAUGUUAAAAGUGCAGCAAAAGUAGACGAAGAGGACAAUGUUACAUUUUACCUGAUGAUAACUUUGGGCUCAGUUUCAGUUCUUUUUCUCAUCAGUAUCAUCGUGUUGAUUGCAAUGCAGUGCUCCAAAUCCACAGACUAUACUCCUAAAUAUCUGCAAGAGCCGAAUUAUGAUGGGACACUGUGUCACAGCAUCCAGUACCGAUCUGGAGACAAACGAUACAUGUUAGUUGGACCCAGGAUGAGUAUAGGAUCUACUAUAGUCCCUGGCAGCCAUGCAAAUACCCUAGUCCUACCUGACAGGAGGAGAACAUCUGAGGAGGUAAGAUAUUAAGGAGUUUUUGUUUGUUUUCAAUGGUACUGCUACUCAUUCAUUUAUUCAUUAAUUGGCUUAGUGACACAUUCUCUAAAUGAAACCUGCCUGUCUUGCUGUUUGCUUGGUAACGUACCGUUGUUGUGCAGUGAAAGAGUAGCCUGUGGUGUUGUUUUCAACACGGAUCAUACUUGGUAUGAUGAUGCAUGUAACUCUGAGUAUAAUAACGUCCACAUAUGUUAUCGUGCCUUGAAGAGAGAGAAUCUGCAGAGGAAAUGCCUUAAAUAUGCUACA